GCAGACUAGUGUACGGUGGGAAGGUAGUCUUUAUGUUUGUAGUGCAUGCGUUGCGUCAAACAAGACACUGGUAGGCAAAGUGGAGUCUGAAGUUUAAAUCUCCAGGAUGGGCUUGGUUAUAUAUGCACUGGCUGCAGCCAUUUCUUUUGCCAUCUCGGGCCAGAUGGAGGGGGCCUGCAUGCGUGGGCGGGCCUGGCGACAUUUUCUCCCGGCGAUGGCAUCCGCACGGCGGCAGCCAAGACACCGUUAUCUGUGCCGCAGCGGCAGCGGACCGGCCAGCAGCGCGUUCUGGAGACUACCCUGGCGGCAAGGGUGUGCCCAGCAUGAUUGCAGUGGUGGCUACUACCUGCCCUCAUCCCCUCGUGUCCUGGUGUCGGCCGCCAGCUAGCCCCACUUUGAGUCUGCAUUGCAAAAAAAACCUAAACCUGCGGAUCUUGUUUGGCAGAAAAAAAAGCAAUUCGCGGAACGGCACUUUAGCCCACAAUAGAAACUGGCAACGAUAAGAACCCCCGUUCAGCAGCAUCUAUCAGGCCCUGUUUGAGGCGGACCCGCAGGCCCGUAUAUGCCGCUGAUAACGAGGCCAUCUAGGGGCGCUGGGGUAAA